GGCUGGAACUCUCUAAUAUCCGCAAAAAACUUUGUCUCGUGGCAUUUCGCGGUUUCCCUUGUUGUUGCUGUGUUGUGUCCUUCAUUCAUUUCCACCGAUUACUGUUGCUUUCACUGAAGAUAAAAUCCGACAGAAGGGAAAUCUCUGACGAAAAGCUUCCCGGCCAUGACCACCCCCUCCUCAUAACGUCGCGUCGACGACGACGACAUCAUUGAGCGUGUUCUUUAGAAUAAUCGGGAUUUGGCUGCGUUUUCUAGCACGACAAGCAACCACGUCGACGCAGUGGUGUGCAUUUCCUUCUGCUGUGUUGUGGCUGUCAUUCAUUGCGCAUCGCAUGCUUCAAUGUUCUCCACAUUACUGUAAACACAGUCUGAUAUAUAUUUUUAUACACCAAUACACACACAGCACUAUUGUAUAUACACCACACUGCACUCUACACGCAGCCGCGCAAUUAUAUACACCUGUCUAGACCGGUAAUUCCAAUUUCAUAAAAGCAAAAAAAAACACUACUCCAUGCUCAACAUCGUUUUUGUCCACCCAGAUUUGGGUAUUGGCGGAGCCGAGAGGGCGGUGGUCGAUGCCGCGAUGGCCCUCAAGUCCCGCGGUCACACGGUUCGAUUCUUAACGGCGCACCACGACAGGGACCAUUGCUUCGAAGAGACGAUAGACGGCAGUUUGGACGUGACAGAAGUGGGCAGUUGGAUCCCGACCAACCUCUGUGGCCAUAUGUUCGCCUUUUGGGCUUACGUUCGCAUGAUUUACGUCGCUUUCUACCUGGUGUUGUCGGGUUUGGCCUGCGACCUGGUCAUCGUCGACCAGGUCUCCGCUUGUAUUCCCAUACUGAGGCUAAGGGGCUCCGUAAAGGUUCUCUUUUACUGCCAUUAUCCGGACAUGCUGCUGACGGGUCGCGAAACCCUACUCAAGGCUAUGUACAGGGCCCCACUUGAUUGGCUGGAAGAGACCACGACAGGCCAGGCCGAUGUUGUCCUGGUCAAUAGCAAGUUUACAGCUGAAAUCUUUCGAACGACAUUCAAAAGACUUUCCCACAUCAACCCACAAGUCCUGUAUCCAAUUCCAAACUUCUCAGCAUUCAACACAGAACCACCCCCAGCCACUGAUGACCUCCUCCCCAGAGGAAAGAAACACAUCUUUCUUUCAAUCAACCGUUAUGAACGCAAGAAAAACCUUGCCCUCGCUUUGCAGGCUUUCAAAAAGUUGGAGGAGCAACUGACCAGCAACAGCAAUGCCCACCUGGUGAUUGCCGGAGGUUAUGAUGAACGGGUGACCGAAAAUCGACAGUACUAUCUGGAACUACGACAGAUGGCAGCAAAGCUUCAGAUCGAGGACACCGUGACAUUCGUGCGGUCAUUCACGUCCAGUCAGAAGCUGACGCUGCUGUCGCAGGUCACUUGUCUUUUAUACACUCCUGAUAAGGAACAUUUCGGUAUUGUACCUGUUGAGGCAAUGUACAUGAAGUUACCUGUUGUGGCCGUAGCAAGUGGUGGACCCCUCGAGACCAUUGAACAUGGUGAGACCGGAUUUCUGUGUCCGGCGACGGCCGAGGCAUUUGCAGAGGCGAUGCGGAAGUUUAUCGAUGAGCCGCACCUAAAACAAUCCAUGGGCGAAAAGGGACGCGGUCGGGUUGAGAAGCUUUUCUCCUUCGAUGUAUUCACUGAGAAACUGGAUAACAUUGUUGAGUCGUUGUGUAAUAAGUGAUUGGAAAUGGAUCUCUAGAUGACGAGGUGGACAAUGCCACUGAAUCUGCUGACGAUAAUGAUGUGUAUAUGUAUAAAUAUAUGUGUGUAUAUAUGGUUGUGUGUGUGUGUAUGCAAGUCUGCAUAAAUGUAUGUGUUUGUGUAUGUAUAUGUGUAAGGCUUAAA